UACAUGUAUCAAAUUAAAACUUUUGUCACUAUCUUUAAUUUGAUAGGUACAUUAAAUGUUUUAUCAUUAAUAAAAACAGAGAUUAAAAGAGAAAAAGAAAAUUCUUCUAUUUAGGAAAAAAUUUCAUGUUCGAGUUCAAAAUUUCAUAUCCAGAAAGAAUUGUUAUUCAAAUAUAAAACUAAGUAAAAAUAAUUAUAAAAGUGAUUAAAUAAAGGAUAUUUCAAAUAAAAAAAAAUAAAAAAAAUCACGCAAAUUUCAUGUAUAGAUUAGUUUAAACAAUCUCAUCUUAUUCCAACUAAAACCCUCGCCGCCUCUUCACAUAAUAUAAUCUCAAAUCCUCGAGAGAUCGAAACGCCAGCAAUGGAGACCAAAAACAAUCUCCGAUCUCACCAUCUCCCCCAAGAAAUCACCGAAGAAAUACUGUCAAGACUCCCGGUGAAAUCACUCCUCAGAUUCAGGUGCGUUUCGAAACCAUGGCACUCUUUAAUCGACAGCAAACGAUUCAUCAAAACCCAUCUUCAAAAUUCGUCGAGAAACCCUAGUUUAGCCCGCCACAAGGUUUUGUUUUUCAGUGGAGCAAAACUGUGGCAACGAUCUGUGUACGGUAGCUCAGAUACUAAAUCUUUAGAACUAGAAUUCCGAGGCCGUUUUAACUCUAUUGUAGGUUGCUGCAAUGGGCUGGUUUGUCUUCUACUGAAUGAACAGUUUGUGUUGUGGAACCCAUCCGCCAGAAUCUCCAAGAAACUGCCUCACCCUCAGCCUCCUCACGUAGGCGGUGAGACAGGUUACAGAUGUUACACCGGUUAUGGGUUCGGUUGGGAUGAAUCGAGUGACGAUCACAAGGUAUUUGCAACUGGCGUCAGGAACAUGUGCAUGAUAUAUAGUUUGAAGAGUGAUUCAUGGAAGGAAGUGAAUGGAGAUUUGUGGAAGAGCUGUGCUAAUCAUAUGGGGGAGUUUGCGAGUGGGAAUCUUCACUGGGAGAGCAGGAAUGAAGGGGAGAUGGUUAGUUUCGACUUGAAGAGAGAGGUGUUCGAGGUGGUGGAGCUGCCCGAGCCGUGUAUAGGGGUGAUUGGGGAACGCCUUGCGGUGUACGAGCGGUGUAGGAGUCUGCGUUGCGUGGAUAUUUGGAUGAUGAAGGAAUAUGGGGUGAAGGAAUCUUGGGAGAAAGUGGUGAUUCUUGAUCUUAUGAGUCGUCUGUUAUUGACGGGUGUAGAAAUGCGGACAGAGUAA